AUGGGCAAACAGGCCAAGUCGACCAAGAAGUUCUUGCGCACACAGCUCGAUAGCACCAUUAAGCGUCGACGCGAACACCAGAAGAAGCGAAAGGUCAUCGAGCGUUCUGUUGUGGCGAAAAAGCAAAAGCAGUUGCGCAGCACCGGAAAAAAGGGUAACGCUGCGAGAGAGGUGGAUGAUCCACAAGAUUUGGCAGAGUACCAAGACGGUGAGGAUGUGGCAGGUAAGACGGACAAAUUCAAGGGAAUGAGCGUGGAUGAUUUUUUGGGAGGCGGCUUCAAGAGUGGUGCUGCUGAUGAGGAUGGUGAGGAUCAAGAUGAGGACCAAGACGACGAAGAGGAUGACGACGAAACCGACGACCUAGAGCAAGUCGAAGACAUGUCUGACGACGAAGAGGGUGUAGGCAUGCACGCACAGGAUCUCGAGAAGCUCAAGGAGAAAGAUCCUGAAUUUUAUGCCUAUCUGCAGGAGAAUGACAAGGAGCUCCUCCAGUUCGGUCAGCAGUCUGAUGACGACGACCAAGAUGAACAAGACGACGAGAUGCCAAGUAAGCCCAAAGCGUCUUCAUCCAAAGCUGCGAAAGCAGAGACCGGCCCUCAACGCGUGACGCUUAAAAUGCUUGCCGGCUGGCAAAAGUCGAUGCUCACCCAUCGAUCACUCAAAGCGUUGCGACGACUUCUCAUUGCAUUCCGCUGCGCCGUCAAACCGGAACAAGAGGAUCAACGACCUGAAGGCGCCUCUUUCAUCGUGGAAGAGGCCCGCGUCUUUAACAAGCUCGUUCUCACUGCACUCAAAUACACGCCCGUGGUCCUACAACACCACGUACCCAUCACCCAAGACAAGCGCGGCAACGUCAAGAUCCCAUCAUCUAACAAGAAGUGGAACUUGAUCAAGAAGCCUAUCCAGUCGUAUUUCAGCAACCUUUUCCAGCUCACCGAGACACUCACCGAACCACAGAUGCUCGAAAUUGUGGUUCGUGAAAGCACACGCAUGGUACCAUACGCCCUGUGCAUUCCCAAGACGACGAGGGAAUUCAUCAAGGUGGCGCUGAAUCUGUGGUCGAGCCAGGUAUCGGAAGAUGGCGUGAGGAUGUCGGCGUUCCUGACACUCAGGAGAUUGGGUAUGUCGGGCGGUACGGCGUCGUUGGAGAACGUGCUGCGCGGUGUUUAUUCGUCCUACAUCCAGUCGAGUAGGUCGGUGAGCAUCCACACGCAAGCCAUGCUAAACCUGAUGAAAAAUACAGCGGUGGAGCUGUUCCUCGUCGAUUCCGACGUCGCCUACACUCAGGCGUUCGGUUUCAUCCGUCAGCUGGCGAUCCACUUGCGCAACUGCAUCAAGACCAAAACCAAGGAUGCCUUCAAGGCGAUUCUCAACUGGCAGUUUGUUUCGGCAAUUGACUUCUGGUCUUUGCUGCUCGCGCGUGCGUGCGAUGUGGAGUCGGAACAUCAAGCAGGCGUCGAGUCGCCAUUGAAGCCGCUCAUCUACCCACUGGUACAGGUGGCAACGGGCGUGGUUGGCUUAGUACCUAAUUCGAGAUACUUUCCCUACCGAUUGCAUCUGCUCAAGUCGAUGAUGCGCAUCGUAUCUCGCACCGCCACCUACAUUCCACUCGCCCCCUCGAUCCUGUUUGUCUUCGAAUCGCCCGAAUUCCAGCGCAAGCUCAAGGGCAGCACCUCACCACCCAUCGACUUCAGCACCACGCUCCGAGCACCAACUCAACUCGUACGAACACGACCGUACUCGAACCAAUUGCUUGCCGAGUACUCGUUCCUUCUCGUCGAGUUCUUGACGUCGCAAUCGCGAUCGAUCGCGUUCCCCGAAUUGGUGCUGCCAUUGCAGAUCCAACUCAAGAGGCUCUCGAAGAGCACCACCAAUGCCAAGUUCCAGUCCGAGGCAAAGCAAAUUCUCGACAAGUCGCUUCAGACUGCACUCUGGGUUACCAAACAGCGCGAUGCGAUUGACUUCACACCCAACAACUUGGACAAGGUCAAGGACUGGCAGAUGGAUGCUAAGGAGAACCCGUUGGAGGGCAUGUUCAGGUUGGCCAAGAAGGUGCGAGCUAAGCAGGAGGCGUUGAUCCAGUCUCAGGCUCAAGUUGUCAGGGACGAUGACGCUCAAGACGAGAGCGAUGGCGACGAGGACGAGGACCAAGAGGAAGACGACAAAGAUGAAGAUGAAGAUGACGAGAUGGAGGUGGAAGAGGACGACGACGACGACGACGUCGAGUGA